AUGAUGCACGCAAAAGACGAGGAGUCGUACUCAAAGCCACUCGCCGAGCGAGUCGACGAGUCCGAGGAGGACCUCGAGUCGCUCCCGUCAGCUCCUGAUGCGAGGGAGCAUAGCAAACUUCGCAGACGAGUCUGGACAUAUGCCGCCGCUGCGGCAGUCCUGAUCGUCUCCAACAUCAUCUCAGCCCGCGUCGGCGCGCACUUUGCCUCAGGCGUGACGAAUCUCGACAGCGCUUGUGCCGCCCACACUACGCAGUGGUCGCCUGUGCUCAAGGAAGUGGAUGUUAAAUAUGAAUGGAAGCAUUUCAACGGCUCCUUUUUGCAAGAGGACAUCUUCCGCAAAGAGGGCUCACCCGAGGUAGAUGCCGCAUGGGAGUCGAUGGGAGUAGAUUAUCGUGCCGGUGUCAUCUCUAUCGAAGACGGCCUGAAAAGCGGGCUCGACAUGUCCUUUGUGAGGAGAUCAGAGAAGUAUGGUGCUGGCUUCUUCGUUAACGUCGAGGGCAUGCACCAUCUACACUGCCUUAAUCUGGUACGGAAGUCGCUCUAUUACAACUACGACUACUACAAGAAGCUGGGCACACACGCAUUCAAAAACGAAGAGCGCAUCGUCCGGCUGCACGUCUCACAUUGUCUGGAUACGAUCCGCCAAGUCCUGGUCUGCAACGCCGACACGGGCGUUCUGGGCCAGGUCUGGGCCAACGACCCUCCUGCGCCCUUCCCAGACUUCAACACAAAACACAUGUGCAAGAACUACGAGGCGAUCCAGGCGUUCGCUGAGAAGAUCCAGGCUCCUCUCCCUGAUGGCCUCCCUGACGACUACAUCGCUCCUCCAGGACCAGGAGAUGUUAUUCCCCAGACGCCGUGA